AUGAAAGCGUCAACUCUAAUCUUUUCGGGGACAGCUACAGCUUCUACGAUAGGCAUAAAAGAUAUUUCUGCUGGCUGCUGCAAUUUCGAAGAAAGCCAAGAAAGAAAGACUCCUCCAUCAAUGGCUCUCUCCGAGAGUUCUCUCGGUUUCAUCACGAGAAGUUAUCAAGUUAGUGGUAGCAAUAGAAGGGACUGGAUUUCUGUGGUUGUUUCAAUGUUCUGUGCUCUUAUGAGCAUUUCCUACCUUAGUGUUGGAUCGUGGCAUCUAAUAGCUGAAAAGGAUGCUUUUAAUUGUUUUAUAUGGUUGGUUUACCUUGCUAGAGGAUUAGUCUGGAUUUCAUUGGCAGUUUCCAUGCUUGUUAAAAAAACCCGAUGGAUCAGAAUUCUUGUUAGGGUCUGGUGGGUGUCUUUCUCUAUUCUGGUUUCAGCUUUAAACAUUGAAAUUUUGGCAAGGGAAGGUACCAUUCAAAUUCUCGACAUGCUGCCUUGGCCUGUAAAUUUCUUACUUCUGCUUUGUGCCUUUAGAAACUUCAAUCAUUUUGCUUCUGUACAAACCCCAGAUAAGAGUCUGUCAGAACCUCUAUUAGGCGAGAAGGAUGAAAAGAACCGAUCAAAACUAGAAAGGGCCAGUUUUCUUAGCAAAUUGACCUUUUCGUGGAUUAGUCCUUUGCUGGGUUUAGGGUACUCAAAACCAUUAGAUAUUGAGGACAUCCCUUCUUUAGUUCCGGAGGACGAGGCCAAUGCAGCCUAUCAAAAAUUUUCUGGUGCAUGGGAUUCCCUUGUACGGGAAAAGAGUUCAAACAAUACUAGGAACUUGGUUCUUCGGGCUGUGACGAAAGUACAUUUCAAAGAAAAUAUAUUUGUAGGUAUAUGCGCUUUUUUAAGGACAACGGCAGUAGUAUCUCUUCCUCUUUUGCUCUAUGCCUUUGUAAAUUAUUCAAACCUUGACGAGCAGAAUCUGCUUCAAGGUCUUUCUAUAGUUGGAGGUCUAAUUCUUGUAAAACUAGUCGAGUCAUUGUCUCAGAGGCAUUGCUUCUUCUAUUCAAGACAGUCCGGCAUGAGAAUGAGGUCAGCCUUAAUGGUGGCAAUCUACCAAAAGCAAUUCAAGCUUUCAAGUUUGGGAAGAAGAAGGCACUCAACUGGUGAGAUUGUAAAUUACAUUGCAGUCGAUGCCUAUCGUAUGGGAGAAUUUCCUUGGUGGUUUCAUGCAACAUGGAGUAUGGCAUUGCAACUUUUCCUAUCCAUUAGUGUUCUUUUCGGGGUUGUAGGUCUUGGCGCUCUCACUGGAUUAGUCCCCCUCCUCGUAUGUGGUCUUCUUAAUGUGCCAUUUGCAAGAAUGCUCCAAAAAUGUCAAGCACAGUUGAUGGUCUCACAAGAUGAGCGACUCAGGGCUACUUCUGAGAUCCUAAACAGCAUGAAAAUCAUCAAGUUACAAUCUUGGGAAGACAAGUUCAAGAAUUUGAUUGAAUCCCACCGAGACAAUGAAUUCAAAUGGUUGGCAGAAAUGCAGUUUAAGAAGACUUAUGGUACCCUUUUGUAUUGGAUGUCUCCAACAAUCAUUUCUUCUGUUGUCUUCAUGGGAUGUGUCCUUUUCGGGAGUGCCCCAUUAAAUGCUAGCACCAUCUUCACAGUUCUCGCAACGCUAAGAGGCAUGGGAGAGCCUGUCAGAAUGAUACCGGAGUGUCUUUCAGUCAUGAUCCAAGCCAAGGUCUCUUUUGAUAGAAUCAAUAAUUUUUUGCUUGAUCACGAGCUCAAGAACGACGAUAUUAAGAUAACUCAGACUCAGAAUUCAGAUGAUAGUGUGACAAUUCAAGAAGGUAAAUUCAGCUGGGAUCCUGAGUUAGACACGCCAACACUGAGAGAAGUAAACUUGGAUGUAAAAUCAGGGCAGAAAGUUGCAGUUUGCGGGCCAGUUGGGGCUGGGAAAUCGUCACUCUUAUAUGCUAUACUCGGAGAGAUGCCUAAGCUCUCAGGAACUGUUGAUGUAUUGGGAUCCAUUGCCUAUGUUUCUCAAACUUCUUGGAUCCAAAGUGGAACAGUCCGUGAUAACAUACUCUAUGGAAAGCCAAUGGACCAGGCCAAAUAUGAUAAUGCUAUAAAAUCUUGUGCUUUAGACAAGGAUAUUAAUAGUUUUCGCCAUGGAGAUCUCACAGAAAUAGGCCAGAGAGGGCUUAACAUGAGUGGUGGUCAGAAGCAGAGGAUUCAACUUGCUCGAGCUGUCUACAAUGAUGCUGACAUUUAUCUGCUUGAUGAUCCUUUUAGUGCAGUAGAUGCACAUACUGCUUCAACUCUAUUUAAUGACUGUGUCAUGACUGCUCUGGAAAAGAAGACUGUCAUACUAGUGACCCACCAAGUGGAGUUCCUCUCAGCAGUUGACAAAAUUCUUGUCAUGGAAGAUGGAAAAAUUACACAGUCAGGAAGCUAUGAAGAGCUCUUGAUGGCAGGAACGGCAUUUGAACAUCUUGUUAAUGCGCAUAAAGAUGCAAUAACAGUGCUAGGUUCUUUAAGCAAUGAAAGUCAAGGAGAAUCUGUAAAUGUAGACAUGGUUCGAUCAGAGGAGUCUGAUCUGUCUGGUCUUGGUAAAGAAAACUGUGAAGGGGUGCCAGGAGUACAGCUAACAGAAGAAGAAGAGAAAGAGAUUGGUGAUGUUGGUUGGAAGCCAUUCCUCGAUUAUCUUACUGUCUCAAAGGGAACACCUCUUUUAUGCCUAAGCAUUCUCUCUCAAUGUGGCUUUGUUGCUUUUCAGGCAGCUGCAACUUAUUGGCUAGCAUUUGCUAUCCAAAUUCCUAAAAUUAGCAGUGGCAUCUUGAUUGGAAUUUACACUCUAAUUUCAACGCUCAGUGCUGUCUUUGUGUAUGGAAGAGCUUUGUCUGCUGCCCAUGUAGGAUUAAAAGCUUCAAAAACCUUCUUCUCUGAAUUUAUAAAGGCAAUUUUUAAAGCUCCCAUGCUUUUCUUUGACUCUACCCCCGUUGGACGGAUUCUGACUCGUGCUUCAUCAGACCUGAGUGUUCUGGAUUUUGACAUUCCUUUUGCCUUCAUAUUUGUGGCGGCUCCUCUGACAGAGCUUCUGGCUAUUAUAGCAAUUAUGGCCUCAGUCACAUGGCAAGUUCUCAUUGUAGCCAUCCUUUCUAUGGCGGUGUCAAAAUAUGUUCAGGGGUAUUAUUUAGCCUCUGCAUCGCAACUAAUAAGAAUUAAUGGAACAACAAAGGCUCCAGUUAUGAACUAUGCAGCAGAGACAUCACUUGGUGUUGUCACAAUAAGAGCUUUUAAGAUGGCGGACAGGUUCUUCCAAAACUACCUAAAACUUGUGGACAAGGAUGCUGUACUUUUCUUCCAUUCUAAUGGAGCCAUGGAAUGGCUAGUUAUACGAAUAGAGGCACUCAUGAAUGUGACUUUAUUCACCGCUGCUCUUCUCCUCGUUUUGCUUCCAAAGGGCUAUGUACCUCCAGGACUUGUGGGGCUUUCAUUGUCUUAUGCACUGUCACUAACCAGCACUCAAGUUUUUAUGGCUCGAUGGUAUUGCAACUUGGCGAAUUACAUAAUCUCCGUUGAACGCAUUAAACAGUUCAUGAACAUACCACCAGAGCCUCCUGCUGUUGUGGAGGACAAAAGGCCACCACCUUCAUGGCCCUUCAACGGUAGGAUAGAAUUUCAAGAGUUGAAGAUUAGAUAUCGUCCAAAUGCCCCACUAGUUCUUAAAGGAAUCAAUUGCACAUUCAAAGAAGGAACAAGAGUAGGAGUUGUGGGGAGGACAGGAAGCGGAAAAACUACCCUGAUAAGUGCUUUGUUUCGGUUAGUAGAGCCUGAAAGCGGGCAAAUUCUUAUUGAUGGACUUGACAUAUGUUCAAUGGGUCUGAAGGAUCUAAGAAUGAAGCUCAGCAUCAUUCCUCAAGAGCCAACUCUUUUCAGGGGUAGCAUUCGAACCAACUUAGAUCCUUUAGGACUUUACUCUGAUCAGGAAAUAUGGGAGGCCUUGGAGAAGUGUCAGCUUAAGGCAACAAUCAGCAGCCUACCUAAUCUGCUGAACUCAUCAGUGAGCGACGAAGGCGAAAAUUGGAGUGCAGGGCAACGGCAACUCUUUUGCCUGGGAAGAGUCCUUCUGAAAAGAAAUAGAAUUCUAGUUCUUGAUGAAGCUACUGCUUCCAUUGAUUCUGCUACUGAUGCCAUUCUACAAAGAAUUAUUAGACAAGAAUUCUCAGACUGCACAGUGAUCACAGUAGCUCAUAGAGUUCCAACUGUUAUAGACAGUGACAUGGUCAUGGUUCUCUCUUAUGGGAAAUUGCUGGAGUAUGAUGAACCUACAAAGCUAAUGGAAACUAAUUCCUCCUUCUCUAAGCUUGUAGCUGAAUACUGGUCUAGUUGCAGACAGCACUCUCACCAAAAUUAUCAAUCAUGA